CGUCCCGCCUCCCUUCCUCCCACCCGAUGCCCCCGGAACGGUACGCCUCCACUUCUCCACCGCCUUGCCAAUCCAAACGCCGCCACUUUUUUUUAUCCGCAUAUCUACUAACCCCAGUUAAUCUAACCCUUCAUCCUAACCUAACCAUGGUUAUUCCACUAGCUUAUAUUCUCCCUUCCAUCCCCUGCCCCUCCAAUGUCCGAACCAGAGUGUAGAACUGAAGAGAGAGAGAGAAAGAGAGGGAGAGAGAGGGAAAGAAAGAGGGAAGGGACGGGGAAGGGGAAUGAUGAUGAUGAUGAUGGGAGAAAGGAGCCAUCACAAUCCCACGGUCCACGUCCCGCCGUGGACCCCUUUCGACGAUCCGGCAGCGGGUGUGGCGUACAACCUGCCGAUGAGCGGCGUCGCCGGGGCCGGCGGCGGGGACUGCUCCCCGUACACGCUGGCUGAACCAUCGCUGGCCGCGCUGCAGCGAUUCCUUCCCUGCAAUGAGAUCUAUGCGGCAGGGGAGGAUACCGACGAGUCGGAGCCAGCGGACGCGCCGGUGGAUGCCUACUCGUGCGACGAGUUCCGGAUGUACGAGUUCAAGGUACGGCGGUGCGCUCGGGGGCGGUCCCACGACUGGACGGAGUGCCCCUAUGCCCACCCGGGCGAGAAGGCUCGCCGGAGAGACCCCCGGAAGUUUCAUUACUCCGGCACCGCCUGUCCAGACUUCCGGAAGGGCAACUGCAAGCGUGGCGACGCCUGCGAGUACGCCCACGGGGUGUUCGAGUGCUGGCUCCACCCUGCCAGGUAUCGCACCCAGCCUUGCAAGGAUGGCACCGCCUGCCGUCGUCGCGUCUGCUUUUUCGCCCACACGCCGGAGCAGCUCCGUGUGCUUCCCCAGCAGCAGCAGCAGCACCAGCAGCUGCAGCAAACUCCGAGGACUCUGUCGGCCACGGACUCCUACGAUGGGUCCCCGCUCCGCCAGCAGCAUACCGUGGAGUGUUACUUCUCAAAAAAUCUGGUAUCGUCCUCGCCUUCCUCGACGCUGGUCUCGUCCUCGCCGUCCUCAACGCUGAUCUCUCCGCCGAUGUCCCCGCCGUCGGAGUCGCCCCCGAUGUCUCCAAGAGGUGUGCAGGCGGUGCGGCGGGCGUCCUGGCCUAUGAACGAGCUGCUGGCGUCGCUGAGGCAGUUCCAGCUGAGCAAGGUGAAGUCCGCUCCGAGUUCUUGGGGUUAUGGAAUGGGUGGCGGCGCGGGGUUCGGGUCGCCGAGGGGCGGGGCGGGGUUCGGCGCGGGGUUCUGUAGCUUACCUUCGACGCCGACGAGGACGGCGGCUGUGGGCGGGGGGUCUGGGUGGCUGGAGGAAGAGGAGCCGGUUGAGAGGGUGGAGUCUGGGAGGGCGCUGAGGGCCCGGAUGUUCGAGAGGCUUAGUAAGGAUAGCAUUCUGGUGCAGGGGGAAUCCACCCCUAUGGCCGCGCCGGCGCCGGAUGUCGGUUGGGUGUCUGAGUUGGUGAAGUAACGGGAAGUUCAUGAUGGGCGAUGAAAAAAAAAACGGGGAAAAAAAAUCGUGAAGGAAAGAACAAGGAGUUUUUUUGGAUUCGGUUGCUCUUAUUUCUUUAUGGAUCAUUGUCAGUAUUUAAGUAAAAAAAAAAAGUAGUACAUAUUAAGUAACGAUUCUGUAAAUAUAUGUGGGGUUGGAAGCGGGAAGAGAGGGUGGUUCUGUUUUGGGGCUCAUGGGUGGUGAAGCAAGGGGGUUGGCAAAGAUUGAAGUUUCGGAUCAAGAUGGCUUUCUUUUGUACAGAGAAGCUGCCGAAGAUGGAUACGGCAACGCCGUUUUUCCGAUUUAUUCCAACAAUAUCCGUGUUAUUGUCUCCUUAAAUCGCCAUUUUGGUUGUGUUGUGCAUCUAUUAGAUGUGUCUGAUUCUACUUUGAAUUUGUAAUUAUGUUCAUAUCCUAUGUCAAUCUGGGUAUCAUUGUAAUAUAUAUCUUUGUGCUAUCUAUUCGAACUUCAGUAGUCUUCACU